AUGACCAGUUUUACAUCCAGGUACAGCAACGAGAUCCAGCAUAUGAUGUACGUCGCUGGUGAGACUCAAGACGUUUCCGUUGAGACUUUGACACUGGUGGAGCAAAUUGUUCAUGAUCAGGUUAGACAUCUGUUGACUGUUGCUAGUGAAUUCUCAGCACGUCGUCGUAAACGAACCAUUUCCAUCGAAGACAUCAUAUUCCAAAUUCGUCACGAUACCAAACGUGUCGCACGCAUCCAAAGGCUUCUACGAUGGCGAGCUAUUCGCCGCGAGGCCAAGAAGACAAACAUAGAGGCUGAAGGUGAUGUCGACGCCGAUGUUGACAUGGACGACGAGGACCUCUCAGAAGACCCGCUCGAAAGUCCUCCCAGUGAAGAGGCCGCAGCCAAAAAGACAGAAACUUCAGCGGCUAUGCUACCCUGGGAUAUAGAGUACUUCUUCUCAGUUGUCCCUCCAGGAGGCGAAACCAACGAAAUACUGCUCGGUCAGCCAGGCGAGGUCUCACUGGAAAGUCUCCGCUGGGCAGAUGAAAUCACAAAGAAUAUGUCGAAACAGGAAUAUGAUAGGUGGGCCAUCUACCGCAAAGCUUCUUUCACGACCCGCAAAGCGAAGCGCUUCCAUGAGUGGGCAGGCAUCGGCGUCGUAGCCCGAGUCGUGAAGAAGAGUGAUACUCUUGAGAUCGUCGGGUUUUUGGCUGUUGAAAUGGUCAAGCGCCUGACUGACAUUGCCUUGACGAUCCAGGCACAGGAUUUGACAGCAUACCGAAGACGAAACGGCCAAUCGGCGGCAGACGUUGGAUCGAGACGACAUGGAUUGUUCGUACCACUAGACACUGAGAGACCACCAAUCGAUGUUGAGCAUAUUCGGAGAGCGUUUGACGAGACACAGAUGAAACUCAAGAGGAAGCGGGUGAGGCUGAAUAGGAUCGCGGGAACGAGGACUUUAAAGUUAAUCUAG